AUGGACUAUGAUGAUGAUGAUUUUGAUGAUUUUCUUGAACUUAAGCAAGAUGAGGCUAAAGAAGCGAACGAAGAGAGUGACUCUAAUGAAGAAGAAAUCAUCUGUGAGGCAGAUACUUCUCCUGUCCAUGAAAAAAGUAAAUCCAAACCUGAGAGCUAUGAAACAGACCUUGAACUGGAAGACCCGGAGAAGUUUUUUACUACAGGACAAGAAGAACUAUAUCGAGAAGCCUGCAAGCUUGUAGGAGUGAUUCCUGCCUCCUACUUUAUCAGAAACAUGGAUGAAACCCACAUGAACCUCAAUCAUCAUGGGCUGGGGCCUAAGGGAUGCAAAGCCAUUGCCAUUGCCCUAGUGUCCAAUACAAGUAUUACUCGCCUGGAUUUAGAAGACAACUGGAUCUUAGAAGAAGGUGCCUUGUCCCUGAUGCAGAUGCUGCAUGAGAACUACUAUAUUCAAGAAUUGAAUGUCUCCGACAAUCACUUGGAUUCCAAAGGGGCCCAAAUUAUCACAGAUUUUCUCUCAGAAAAUACUUCUUCACUCUGGUCCAUUCAGCUUGCAGGGAAUGACUUCAAGGAUGACACGGCUGCAAUGUUCUGCAAUGCACUUACGGCUAAUUACCGAAUCAAGGUCUUGGAUCUCAGUCACAAUUUAUUUUCUGAGAAAGGAGGAGAGCUAUUGGGACAAAUGCUGGUCCUCAAUGAAGGUCUGCAGACACUGGACCUCAGCUGGAAUCAACUGCACUUGAAAGGGGCUGUGGCCUUGAGUAACAGUCUCCGGGUUAAUAUCACACUGAAGACUUUGAACCUUUCCUGGAAUGGCUUUGGUAAUGAAGGUGCUCAGGCCUUAGGGGAGGCACUCAAAAUCAAUGCUACUCUGGCCCAACUGGAUAUCAGCAGCAACCAUAUAUACAAUGAUGGGGCCAUCAAGCUGGGCAAGGGACUAGAGCUCAAUGAAACCCUCAGAAUUUUGAAGAUGUCCCAAAAUCCUGUGACUGUGGAUGGAGCACUUGCAAUGAUCUUGUCUGUCAAGAAGAACCCCAAAAGCAGGUUGGAGGACAUCGACAUCUCAAAUGUCUUAGUGACUGAAGGAUUUGUGAAACAACUAGAAGGAGUCUUUGCUGUUCAUCCUGAGCUAGAUGUGCUCUAUGGUGAAGUGACAGGCACCAUCAGCAAAACUGUCUCAUUACCAAUUGCCUUCAAAGUGAUCAAGGCUUACGUGGAACAAAACAAAACCAACAUGUUUGAAUUCUUCAAGUCCAUAAAUCAUCUUGGAACACCGAAGAUGCCUGUGGCAGAAUUCCGGAAAGCCUUGACAUUACAAAACAAGGUCCAUUUGAACAGACCACAAAUCAGAGAAUUAAUCAAGAAACUAGAUCCGGAUGAAACAGGGAUAAUAGACUACAGGUGA